GCGUCUCGGGGGCAGCAUUGCGCUCCCAUUCGUUGGCCCGGUUCCCAGAGGCCACGAAUGGUCCCGCAGUUUGUAGCGUGACCCUCCCUUCCGAGAACCUAGCUGCCCUUUUGUCCCUGGCCACACCUGCACCAAGCGGGGUGGGGGGCAUAUGGCACCCCCACUCUGAGCCACCUGCUUUGCUCAGAUGUGAAGAGGACCACAUGAGAGGUAAAGCAGAGGGGAAUUGGGUCUCUAAGUUUCCUGUCCAAUAACGUUUAGCCAGAAAGCAAAGACCAGAUCCAAACCAAACUGCCCCGUGAUUUGGGUAGGGGGCUUGGAUUGUAGGAGGAAUCCUGCUGCUUCUUCCUCCUCUGAGGCUGUCCCUCUGUCCGUAAGAGAGAUGGGUGGAGGAGCUGGCGUGCAGAUCCAGACUGGGUUAGAGCCUGUGUGAUGGUGAGUCCCUUCAGCUCCUAUUGCCUUCAGUGGGAGUUGAGGGUGCUUAGCAGUCUUGCUGCUAAUACGGGGUGAAAUUGACCCCUGUGCAGAAAGCAGCACAAUAAUAACACCGCCGAGUGCUUUACACCAUAGCUCUCAAAGCACUUUACGAAGGAGGUCAGGAUCAUUACCCCUGUUGUACAGAUGGGGUAACUGAGGCACACGGAAGGCAAGUGACUUGCCCAAGGUCAUCCAGCAGGCCUGUGGCAGAGCCAAGAAUAGAACCCAGGUCUCCUGAUGUCCAGUCCAGUGCUCUAGUCACUAGGCCACACUGCCUCUAACUGGAAGCCUUGUGUCAACCACAUGGGUUUAAGUGUGUUAGCCUGCUGCACAAGAGUGAAUUGCUCCUAGCCAGAGGUGAUCAAAGCGUGCUAGUAACCCAAUGCCAAGGAGGGGCUUCUCCUUCUUAGCUGACAGCUGUGGUGUCAUGAGAGGGUUUUCACAAGACUUCUGCUCAGCCGUUCCCCCUGUUUUGAAUUACUCUCCCAUUUCAAUAAAAACAACAAACAUACGUAAGCCAGCGUUGCUAUGUGCAGGAGGGCUUCCCCCAUCUCCCUUCUCAACUAGUUGAGACUAGUGUUCACACACUCUCUCACACACACACGCACUCACACACACAAGGCAAUAAAUUGUCAUGGUUUAGCACGUAAUUAGUUUCUACUUGUCAAACUUCUGUGCUGAGGGACGCAGCUGCGGUGGAGCAGCGACUGAAGCUGUGAAAUUCCUGCUGCGCUGUGGGCCAAAGGAGCCGUUUGGUUUCAUCCUCCCAAGAACACUUCGUGUUACGCACGCACGCACGCUCAUACACGCACAAGCACCGUUGUACACGUGGUAGCCCAUGCUUGCAACUCACCUAGACUAGAAUAACCUGUACCUUCACAUAUGCACAUUGAAAUUUGCAUCCAAGCCAUGGGCCAAACACAGACUCAAAGGCUUAAUUUUUUUUCACACUUGUACAUAGGCAUAUUCACACUUGCACGAGCACACAGACCAAACACACCUCGCGUGUGAACACACACACACACAAACAUACUCCCGCACACAAACACCCACUCACUUGCACACGUUUUACGCUCCGCUCUCGCUCAAAAAAAACCCGGCUCGCCCACUGAUGCACACAAACGUACACACAGAAACAAAAAUCCGCAAGUCACAAAAACACACUCCUACGCAGAGUGCUUGCACGCACAGUGCCUUGAUUCUCUCCAGCUGGGGACAGAGACGCACACAGAGUCUGGAUUCUCUCCAGCUGGGGACAGAGACGCACACAGAGUCUGGAUUCUCUGCAGCUGGGGGCAACGCUACACACGCAACCUUGAUUAUCUCCCACCUGGGCCGUGCUACACCCACCCCUCUAUUUUGUUUUUAUUCUGAGGCAUUUUUGGGUGCGCAUCACUGGAAUAUUGUUUGCACAUUCACUCCUGCUCCAAACCUUAUAUUGCAACAUUCAGCACAGGGCAAAAGGUCUGCUCCGCCCUCCAGAGCCUGAGCUCCAGUCUCCCUGUCCUAUCAAUGGCAAUAAAAGAAGAGAGCAAGGGAAGGAGCCUUCAAGAACUGGCAAGUCCUGGGAAUGUUUGGGUCAUUAAUAAAGAAUGGAUCCUGCCUCCUGAACUCUCUGCCAGUCAGGUUAACCCCUUCAGGCCCAUAUGGGGAACAGAGGGAGCCUGGGUUAGAGAAAACGUGGCUCAGACCCAACGUCAGCCAAGGGGAAAAUGAGAGAUUUAAGGCUUUAUCAUGUUUUAUUACUCUCCUCAGCCGCCUCUUUCCUGACCCAGGCCAGGGUUUGGGGGAGGUCAGAGAAGCACUUAGUAGCUAGUUUGUGCCCCCACUUACUCUGUGCCGUCCCUUUGGCUUCUGUGGAGCUGCAGCGGCUGGAAGGUGCCGCUUGGGCAAAGCACAUGCUACGUCCCAUUGACUGCAAUAGGACUCAAGCACGUGCCUAGGCCCUGAUUCAACAAAGUCUCUGGUGAAGCGGGGCAGGAUUUGGGGCCUGGCGGAUGCCAGCACUGAGGGCAAAAUUAACCUCAGCGCAUCACUGGAGCGCCUCUCUAGAGCUUGUCUGGUUCCUAGGGACUGUGCUGAGCCUUGGUGCCAGUCGUGGAGCGUGCUUACACUCAUGUACCCCUUUCCACUGGAGCUGGGUGCAAGGUUCCCAUCGACAUACAAUUCUCUGACCCCAAAAAGCCAUUUUUCGUUGCAAAAGAAAAAUUUUGACCCACAUGUGUUUGGGUGACUUUUUUUUUACUGAAAACCAUUUUUUUCUCCUUCCCAAAAAAGCCUGAAAAGCUUUUUUAUUUUGUUUUUCACUGAAAAACUGGACGUUUUCAUGGGAAAUUUGGAUAAAAACAUCAGUGUUUCAAAUUGGAGUAAACUGACAUUUUCCAAACAGCGCUGCAAUGAGAACCAUUUUUCUUAUGGACGCCGAUAUUUCUUAAUUCUGUACGGGGCUUAGGGACUCGAAUGGCUAGUGCCUUAGAACUAAACUGGUCAGCUAAACAGACAGGCUAACCCAGCGCUGACCAUGCCCUCGGCUACCCUCCAUCUGCCCUUCUUUGGUGACGGUGCUGCUCCUGCCAUGCUCUGCCUGCCUGAUGCAUCUCCCGGUUGAAUUCUCUGCUGGGUGGUUUGACCUGUUCUCUGUGUUUCCUCCUUUCUUCCACGUGAGGAUCUCCCCCCUGGAGAGGAGGUUUCUUCCAAGUGCCUGUCUGCAAUGCCAGCACACAGCCACCACAUAGGUGACCGUGUGCUGGGUGGAGGAGGCACUGGGGCGUCACACGCAGUCCCUCUCUCCCCAGGCCGAGCACGCCGGCAUCCGAACCUACUUCUUCAGCGCCGAGAACACCGAAGAGCAGGAGUCCUGGAUCCAAGCCAUGGGCGAGGCUGCCCGGGUGCAGAUCCCACCCCCCCAAAGGCGAGAGAAGACGGACUCUGAGAACAUCCCCCCCAGCAAGCACCACCACCACCGGACCACCGCUCACCGGGAGCACCCCAAAGCAGACCUGGAAGCCAAGACCAGAGGGGAGGGUGACGGGCGUGGUUCAGAGAAGAUUGAAAGGAAGCCAGAAAGGAUCGACAGCAAGAAGGAACCCCUGGUGAAAGCCAAUGGCAUUGUGGGCCAGGAGAUGCCAUCUGAGCCCAGCAGCCCUUACCCUGAAGCCCCACGGUUUCCGGCGGGGGUGGAGAGGUCCACGCAGCCCAACGGCUGGCAGUACUCUUCCCCCAGCCGCCCCGGCAGCGCCGCCUACCCGCCGCAGGAUGGGGAGAGCGUGGUGCACCGGCAGGGCUUUGUGCCACGCACCAACCCGGAGAAGAUCGCCCAGAGGAAGAGCUCCAUGACGCAGUUGCAGCAGUGGGUGAACCUGCGCCGGGGGGCUGCCCCGCCAGAGGAGCUGAGGAGCCCCACCAGGUUUUUCCCGAUGUCUCGAAGGGUCCCUGACUACUACGCCCCUUACUCGCCCCAGUACCCUGAGGAUUACCAGUACUACCCACCCGGCGUGCGCCCCGACAGCAUCUGCUCCAUGCCCGCCUACGAGCGGGUGAGCCCACAGUGGGCUGUGGAGGACAAACGCCACUCCUUCCGCAAUGGAGGCCCCUACCAGCUGCGUGAGUGGAAGGAGCACCCAGGUUACGGCAGGCAGGACGUCCCCAUCUGGAUCCCCGGCUCUGGCCGGCAGCCCGUUUAUUACGACGAGAUGGAUGCUGCUUCAGACUCCCUGCGGAGGAUGUCUCUUCAGCCCCGCUCCAGGUCCGUGCCCCGUUCGCCCAGCCAGGGCACCUACAACAGGGCUAGGAUGUACUCCCCGGUCAGGUCGCCCAGCACCCGCUUUGAGAGGAUGCCAUCCAGGAGCGAGGAGAUCUAUGCUGACCCCACGGCCUACAUGAUGAGGCGAUCGGUCAGUUCCCCAAAGUAUGAUUAUCUGGGUGACAGGAGGCCUGUCCCUGCGGGAAUGUAUCCCUACAACUACCCGGCGUCCCCUACAGUCCACGACAAAAUGGAUGAACUUUUAGACCUUCAGUUGCAAAGAAACCUAGAAUAUUUGGACCAGCAGAUGAGUGAGAGCGAAACUUUGAUCAGUAUGGUGAACAGAAUGGUGGAGAACUCCUCCCCUAGGGCCCAGCUGUACAUGCAAGUGUCUCCCUUCCCAGAGGCCUACAGAGAGACUCUGCACGCCUACAAGAUAAGCGAGCAAGACACUGAUAAGCUACUGGGAAAACUGUGUGAGCAAAACAAGGUGGUGAGGGAGCAGGACAGGCUGGUGCAGCAGCUCCGAGCAGAGAAGGAGAGUCUUGAGAGCGCCCUGAUGGGGACCCACCAAGAGCUGGAGAUGUUUGGGAGCCAGCCAGCCUACCCUGAGAAGCUGCUGCACAAGAAGGAAUCCCUCCAGAACCAGCUGAUCAACAUCCGGGUGGAGCUGUCCCAGGCCAGCACGGCCUUGGCCAACAGCACCAUAGAGUAUGAGAACUUGGAGGGCGAGGUGUCAGCCCUGCACGAUGACCUGUGGGAACAGCUGAACUUGGAUAUCCAGAACGAAAUGCUCAACCGGCAAAUCCAGAAGGAGAUCUGGCGCAUCCAGGACGUGAUGGAGGGGCUGAGGAAGAACAACCCCUCCCGGGGCACGGACACUGCCAAACACAGAGUGGCCGCUGGCCCCUCGGGAACCUACAGCUCCAACAGCCCCGCUAGCCCCUUGAGCUCAGCCAGCCUCACUAGCCCACUGAGCCCUUUCUCCCUUGUGUCAGGCUCACAGGGGUCGCCCACCAAGCAAGGGGCAAGCGAGGAACCAGGCCCGCCUCGACCUCCCCUGCCCAAAUCGUAUGUCCCUCUGGAGUCUCCUCCAACUGUUCCUCCACUCCCUAGCGAGAGCCGCUUCUGGCCGUACCCUAACUCCCCUUCCUGGCAGCAAAGCGGCGAGGCGAAGAGGGGACAGUCCAAGUCCAGCUUUGAGCAGAAGAAGCAAGAUGCUCAUCGGAGCUCCGCCCCCAUCCCACCCACAGAGGCCAGGCUCACGCAGACGAGGCAAGAGCCAGAUGCUGAGAAGCAAGCGGCUCUCAACAAAGUUGGUAUCGUUCCCCCGAGGACCAAGUCUCCCACCGAUGAGGACUUGGCUCCCACUUCAGGCGUGGUCAGGAGGAGCACCAGCAACAUGGCCAAUGGACUGACCUCCGGGGAGAGGCCAAAAAGCGCCGUGUUCUCCAAUGAGAUGAAGGCAAAAAUGAGCGUGGAGGAGCAGAUCGACCGAAUGAAACGCCACCAAAGUGGAUCCAUGAAGGAAAAAAGGCGGAGUUUGCAGCUCCCGGCCAAUCAGCAGCCAGACGCUCCCAGCACGAAGGCACCCGCGUCAUACAAAGUGGUGUGCCGACACCGCAGCAUCCACGAGGUGGACAUCUCCGACCUGGAGGCAGUGCUACGCACCGAGGACUCCGGCAAAGUCUACGAGACGCCGAGGGAGGAGAUCGCCCGGCUACGCAAGAUGGAGCUGGAGCCCCAGCACUAUGACGUUGACAUCAGUAAGGAGCUCUCUACCCCAGACAAGGUCCUCAUUCCGGAGCGGUACAUUGAGCUGGAACCGGACACCCCCCUAAGCCCCGAAGAGAUGAAGGAGAAGCAGAAGAAAGUGGAAAGGAUAAAGACGCUCAUUGCCAAAUCCAGCUUGCAGAAUGUGGUCCCUCUAAGCGAGGGAGAGGUGGACGUGCCCCAGGAUGCAGAAACCCAGCUCCAGGAGCAGGAGAAGAGGAUAGAGAUAUCCUGCACCUUGGCUACAGAAGCCUCCAGGCUGGGCCGCAUGCUCUCCGCUCAAUGUGCCACCCCGAGUCCUCCCACUUCCCCAGCCUCCCCGACUCCACCGACAAACCCCCUCUCGUCUGAGUCAUCCCGGGUCGUCGACAGCAGCCAUUUUAUGCGUGUUUGAGCCAUGAACACAAGCCCUGGCUGCUGUGAACGCCGUGAAGUUCCACGGAGCCACGUUUUAACACACAAACAUGUGCGUCCCGACUCGACAACCAAAUCUUUCCCCGCUCAUCGCUUUUGGUUCUCCCCGAACCCCUGCCGCUAACCAACGGUGAGAUCGUCCAGGACGAAGAUGGUGUGCGUCGGCACCUGUCGCCAAGAGAACACGGGAGCCUUAUCCUUGCACUGGUCCCCCCAACUGGCCGUGUACCAUCCUGGGAGGAAGUGCCAUGGGUGGGCUGCCUGCUGGAGCACAGAGCGGCAGAGAGGCGCUGGUAAAUCACUGCUCCUGCAAUGAUGGAUGUUUUGUGUGAGAUGUAUUGCAGUCUGGGAGAUGGGCCCACUCCACAGCCGGCGUGAACUUCAGGGCAGGGCAUCUGACAGCUACCCACCAGUCUGUUCCAUGGCCGGAAUAUCUCAUGGAGGGGAUGGCGUCGCACUGGAGGCUGGGGGGUUUUCCCUUUGCUUCCUGCACUGAAAUAUUUGUCUCCCAAAGUUCGUGUCCUGAAGGGGCUUUUGCAUGGGGACCGAGCCGUCGCUGCAGUUGGAGCUUGCUCUUGCCCUCCACUGACGUGAGCACCCCAUUUCCAUUCUCUGUGCACCUUCCACCUCCCCAGGCCUUGGCCUGGAACGGCUACUAGCAUCUUUAAUCUCUGGAGCUAGCCACUUGUGCCCAGCCACAUUUCUCCACUCACACGCAUGAGCAUCCACGGAGGGAAGGAGUGGGCAUCUGGGAUGGACAGAUGGAAACAGGAGCCAAGGAGGGAAAAGGCUCCUGGGCAGAAAAUGGGAGAGGUGAUGGGAUCUGCAAAAUUAGGAUAUAGCUAUAUCUGUGAAAUACUAGUGUUUCCCCUCCCAGGGCGAAGGGUGGUGUGGAACAGCAGGUCUGUGCAAUGUAUGCGGACAUGUAGUAAGGGAAUUAGCUGAACGAUACAGGGGGACGGGGCUAGGAGAGCCCAAGUGGCUGGUGUUGGUGACCAGGCGAAGUCUUGAUGCUUUCUGAGGCCAGGAGGGAUCUGUUUGCACAUAGAGACAAUGAGGAGAAAGGGGGACAGGCUUCAGGAUAUUUUUUUUUCUUGGACCAGAGCAGGUUCUGGAUGGUAGCAACAGGUGCCCUUCCUCAGAGUUUUGUUUUACCCAGUGCAAUGCUCAUUUCUUGCAUUUUUAUGGGGAUGGGAGUGGGGUGAAAUCGAGGGCUGCUGCCCACAUACUUAAUACUAGAUUGGGCAAAAUACUGGAGAAAUGGCUGAAGGAACAGCACUGUCUCGCUGUCUGUGGCAUUUCUAGGGCAUCUUAUCACCUUGGAUCUGAGUGCCCCAUCUAACCCUUGGUAUCUAAUUCUGAAUGGCCUAGAGUGGACCUAGACGGGCUUUCCCUGCAGUGGUUUUGGCAGGUACUAUGUCGAUGCUGUCACUGUCUCUUGCCUCCAUCUGGAAAGCACUGCCUUGCCCCCAAAAUGGAGGGGACACCAGAGCUGUGAGGCCCAAGGGAAUAGGAGCAUAGCUGGGAGGGGACCUAAUCCCUUCUGUUUUCAGGCUAGAAGCCAACUUCUUAUGGAUGGGACAAGGGAGAAGCUUCCCCAUGGACAGGUGAUUACAUAAUCGCUCACUGCUGGGUUGUUGCACCUUUCUCUGAAGCAGCUGCUACUGGAGACAUGGGAUCUUGCACUGGAUGGCCCCCUGGUCUGGCAAUCCCUGCAUAGAGAAUAAUCCUGCUCUGGGCUUAGGGAAAGGGGCGAGAUACCCAUCUCUAACUUCUAUGGCUCCCUGCUAUACUUGCAUCUGGAACGGCACGCAGGCAACUGACACUCCUAACUCACUGCACUGAGACAAGCAUGCCCCAGAAGUUCUUUUCUCCUGAAGAACAGCGAGCUAGAAUAGUUCCUCUGACUUUUUGGAGUGAGUGAGAUCAGGUGUGCAUGGUGCUGAGUCACUGCUGCAUGGUCUCUCUUCCACGUUCUCCGUUCCUGCAGUACCUUAUGAGAUGAGCCUGCUCUUCCAGAUGUGGCUUCAUAGUUUUCUGAAUACAUUGAGAGAAUCAUCAUCGCAGGGGGACGUAUCGGGGGUGAUGGAAGAGACAUAGUUCAGAGAAGCAUCCAAGAGAUUGUCGGUUCUUCUGAAGCUUGUCAGAACUACCUGAACCAUCGGGGUCUGCAGAAUCUAGCAUUAUUUCAGCACUGCUGCUUCCCAACGGGAAGUGAGAAGGUCCAUCUAGACCUCAGCUCAGUUCAAGCAAUGGUUUGGAGGAAGGAGGUUUCUUAUAUCUGUCCAAGUUGGUUUCCUUGUCCCUUCUCAAAAUUAGGGCUGCAUGCAGAUGCAAAUAUAUUUUCCACCACGGAGUGGAUUUGCAAAUACUCAGCUCGCAUUUAGGCAUCUAAACACGGGCAAGAUUUUUUAAAAAGUGCCCACACCCAGCAGCUCCCGCUGUGAUAUUGAUGGGCAGAUUUUCAAAACAGCACUGAAAAUCUGGCCACUUAUUUUGGUGCUUAAGUGGGAGAUGAAUUCUUUUGAAAUUUCAGUUUUUUGAUAGAAUGGAAUUUUAAAAUUCCCAGAUCAGAAAUUGAAGCCUACGCUCAAAAACAAGACCAAUCUGGGUUCAAUAUGGGCUUGCUUUUGCACUCCAAAAUCUACUUUUUCAAGCGCAAAGCUGUGAAAUGUUGCUGGCUGUAUGCAAAAUGAUCUGGUGUAAGGAAACUGACCUGAAAUAGAAAAGCCCCAAGUGUCAAGCUGUCCCAGUGUUGCUGUGAAUAUUAUCUGAGCUCCUCUGACAAGAGCCCCUCUUCCUAUGGACUUUCCAAUACAGUUAGAUGCCCUGUUCUAACAUCGGUCAGUAUUGGACUUCUGCACCUGAUUCUGCUCUUACCUACACUGGUGCAAGUCAGGAUUAACUCAAACGAAGACAAACUGAAUUCAGAGCAGAGCGUAGGAGUGGACAAUCAAGCUCUGUACCUUAUACUAGAGACUGGGGCUUUGUCAAUUCACUACAUGGAUGAAGAACUGUCUUGUCCCAGCACUUGAAACUCCAGGGGAUAGUUCUGAAAAAGGCAAUGUGAUGUAGAUGCACAAUCAAGCUCAAUCUAUUGCUUAGCUUUCUUUCUCCAUUGGCCUGAUCCUGAUUGGUGCUGAGAACCCACAUCUCCAGAUGAAAUCUAGAGAAGGUGCAGAUGCUCAGCAUCUAACAAGAUUUCUACUUCUUCCCAGCCAUGCCACCAGUUGAGUGAAAUGGGAGCUGGCUGCCUGCCUGCUGUAGCCUGUGAAUCAAUUUUUCUUUCUAGUUUGGCAAUACACAUAAAAUCCAAGGAAACAGAUCCUCUCUGCCCAAUGGGAUCUAUCUAGCAUCUCCCUAGAUUAUCUGUCUAUCUAUUUUUAAUUUUGGCAAUACACAAAACGUCCCAGGAGACAGAACUUUCCCCAGAAUCAGAUCUAUGAAUCAAUCUUUCUUUCUUUUUCUUUUUCUUUUUCUUUUUUCUUUUAGCAAUACAUAGAACAUCCCUGGGGAUAAAACAGUCCUGCUCCCAUAAUGGAAUCCCAAACAGCCCCUGUUAGCUCAUGAAGCUGGCCCUUUAUUUUGCUAUACAUGCCUUAAUAUAUGUUUUAUGGAAAUUAUACAUUUAUAUAAUAUAUAUAUAUAUAUUUGUUUUUCUCUCCUUUUCCGGGUGGUACUGUUUUAUGCUAACUUUCUCUCUCUUUCUGCUGGGCUGUUGGCAUCAGCCCCGCUGGAAAGUUACAAAUGGAGAUUCUUUGCCAGUUCAUCAGAAAAAAAAAAGACCUAUUUAAAUAUACAUAUAUAUAUUUUCUGCUUUUAUUAAAAGCAAAUUUAUUUAAAAUAAAAUAUAAAAACUGUAAGUUUUGAGAAAUGAUGCAUUUAUUUCCCUGUUACUGAAUAGGUAGUGCUCUGUAUACGGCCAGGUCCUCAGCUGGUGUAAACUGGCAUAGUUCUGAAGUCAUUAGAGCGAGGCUGAUUUGCAGAUGCUGAAAAGCUGGUCCACGAGGCACAGUAUGUAAAGACAUAUAGGACUGUACCCUCUUGGGGAUUGCAGAGGAUGUCUUGCUGGUACACAGCUGUCAAUCAUGGAUCCUUGUGACUGUAUGUGGAAUUUUUAAUCUUGAGUUUCAAUGUUACAUUUUUACCUCCCUUUUGUUUUUGUGAAUGGUUUCUCUGUGAUGGUGUGACUAGUGCAGAGGGCUAUCGGUAGCCUAGCUGCUAACCUCACCAACACACCCGAAAUGUAUACCCAAGGGCAUAGGCCCCCGGGGAGGAUGGUCUCUGCAUGGUGGAUGUGUCCCCAGACGUAAAAUGGGGUGGCUGAACUGAGAAAAAUGCAGCCAAGGUAGGAGAACCCCCAGGACCAAACUGGGGUGCAGGAGCUGAGCAGAGGCAGGAGAGAGGUGGAUGGUCAGGAGGAUUGUUUCUAGCGGCCCAAUUGAAAACCCACCAACAUCAAUGGAAAGACUCUCACUGACAUUAGUGGCCUUUGCGUCAUGGAUGGAACCAAGAGACAACCUGGAGUUCCCACCAGUGUGUCAGCCCCCAAACGGGCUCCCCCUUGACUCUCCAGUCAGUCCAGUCUCCCAUCAUGAAGAGGGCUCUCCUGCAUCUCAGCUCCAACAACAUGGUUCCUAGGGGAGGGUAUUGUACAUUUAAGGGAAGGGGUGGGGGAGCAAGGCAACCCCACUGGUAAGCAUCCUUGAAAGGUAUAGGGAUUCCCACGAAGGACACAGGGAGCUCCUAGAAGAACCUUCCUGGCAUUAAGGCAUGACCUAGCAGAUGUAGAGGGGACAGCGAGGAAACCUCCCCACUAAGCGAAUAACAACGUAGUGUCUGUGACCAAUCCCUGCUACUGUCACUUUAAGAGUUUCCUAAGUUACAAGUUGUGAGUUCUUGGUGGCAUGGCUGAGGAUCACAAUAUUGCAGUAUUGUGGAACUGUUUUUAAUUAUUUUAAUUUUUAAUUUUAUUUUGGUUAUUUUUUCAUAACACCUUCAUAUACCAGCGACUCUUGUUAAAAAAACAAAACAAAACAAAAAAAACCUGUUUGCAUCAAAAAAAGAUCUAUUUAUGCACAUUAUUUUGGGGGCGUGGGGUGGGAGGAGUGGCAAAAAAUUGAUUUUUGCUAGUGUUAGGCAAAUAAAACUAUCCAAGAAACAAUGUGAUGUUGGUGUCUUUCUUUCUGUAUAAAAGUGACCUUAGAUGACAACUACUAUAACAUUAGAUCGAAGAGACCAUGGUCAAAUGGCUGUCACAUUUCAGCAGCUUGAAUUCUUCACACCAAUCUUCCCAGUAAUUAAAUCAGUGGUAGUUUGCUUUGUAAUUUUCCCAACAGCAUUUGUUUUAGAUGUAGCUACUAAAAGAUCCAAUCUCACACAAGGAAAAAAAAUGCAUUUGUACUUUGCAAGUUUGUAUAAAAUAAAAAUUGCUGGUUUGUAAAUAGA